AUGAACACGCAGCGCUGUCGGCUCGGCGGGACGAAGGGCAAAAACGCGCGAUUAAUUGGGUCUCAGGCAACAAGGGCGGCGGCAGCCAUGGAAAGGGAGGAAAAGCGGGAGGAAGAUCGGAUGGGAGCAGAUUGGAAUCGGAGUCUCCCUCUCACACCCUCUGACACCUGCAACGGCUACCAGAGCCUCGUCACGCUAAUUGGCUCUCGGUUCGUCACCGACAACGAAACCCCUCUUCCCUCCUCUUCCCUCCUCUUCCCUCCGCAUGCACUGCAUUGGAAGGGCAUGGCAGGUGAGUCAGCCAUGCAGCCCCCACUCUCCCACCCAUGGGUUUCACAUUUCCCAUGGACAACGCCGUGCCUCCCCGUGCCAUUCUUUGCCACUGCAGCUGCUGCUGCCUCGCCCUCUCCCAUCCUUCCCUUGCUCCCCAUGCGUCUUCCCAUUCCUCAACAAUCAACUCCCCAUCUGACCUGCAUCACCUCCUCUUCUCGCCAUCACCUCCCUCCCCCCAACCCACUUGCUCCGCCUGCUCGCAGGAGCCGACCUGGUGGUGCACUGUGCAGGGCCCUUCCAGCGAGAACCGCACUGCACCGUUCUGGAAGCAGCCAUCCGUGCCAAAUUGGGCGCCCUGCCUCUCAGGCGUCUUCCUCCUCUCUCGUCUCUCACGCCCUGCAGCGCCCCCCACAUCCCCUGCAGCGCCGCUUCCUCGCUCUGUGCUCUGUGCUCUCAGAGCGCCAUCGCCUCUGCCCAAUCCCCUCCCUGCCAUGCUACCAUGCCGCCAUGCUGCCAUGCUUUUUGCCUGAUCCGUCCCACCCAGAACGUGUGGGGCAUGACAGCACGAGCAGCGCGCCAUGGUGUGCUCUCCUCUCCUGUGCUCUCCUCCCUGCACUGAUGGCAGCGGAGCUGGUGCGGCUGGCGGGGGAGGAUUUGCACGCUUGGAGGAGCAACAAGGGCAGCAGCAGGCCGCUCUCGGCCUUCGACCAAAGAGCCUGCGCCACUCUCCUCCUCCAUGCACUGCCCGUUUCUUCUCAUCCGCCCCAGCACUCCCCCCCCCCCCCCACACACAGACACCCCUACAUCCCCCCCUCUCACACCAGCUUCUCGUAUUUCAUGGCGGGGCACGGGAGGGGCGGGUCCCACCAUCCUGGCCACCAGCCUGCUGCUGCUCGGCAAGCCUGCCACGGCCUUCAAGGAUGGUGGGGGGGGGAGAUGGGCAUGAGAGGCAAGUGA